AUGGAGAGCGACAUGGACGGCCGACGCCUUGGAGGCUCCCAGGACCACCCUGUGGUCUGGGUAAUAUUUCUCGCGUACGUCGGGACGCUGCUCGCGCUGGAUGUGAACUAUCUGCAGCCGCCGCUCAGCACCAGCCGCAUAUCGUUCAAUACGGCGGUGAAGCUCACCUCCUUCUGGCUCGCCACCGGCGUGUUUUUCAACGUUUUUAUUAUGGGCUACAUGGGCUGGGAGGAUGGUCUGACCUUCCUCUACGGCUUCUGCCUAGAGUAUAUGCUCAGCUUCGACAACCUCUUCGUCUUUCACCUGGUGUUCGCCUACUACUGCACGCCAGAGGCCCUGCUAUACCGGGCGCUCUACUUUGGCAUCGCUGGCGCGAUGCUCUUGCGGGCAUUUUUCUUGUUCGUGGGCUACGCCUUCCUGGUGUCGGGCAUGUAUGUGUUCAAGCUCGCUUUCGGUGCGUUGUUAAUUUGGAGUGGUAUUCGUUCGGCCAAUGACUUCGAUGACGAGGACACGGCGGACCCGACGAACAACCGGUGCAUCGCGUGGGUGGCCAAGAAUUUCCCUGUCAGCGACAGCUACGAGCCCCACGGGCGUUUCUUCAUAACCGUGGCGGAGGUGGACUGCCCCCAGGCGUCUGGAGACUGGGCCGACACCGAGCCAGGAGCUCUGCAGUCGGAACUCCGCAUGGACAGCAUGGAGGUGGCGGCCGCCGCCAACCUGCCGCGGCUGGAGUCCUUCGAGGGCAGCAGCUUGCUGGACCCGCACCGCGGCUCGGGUCCCUCCCACUCCGCCGGCCUUCCGCGGGAG